AUGAGACUGUAUUUCACCUUCAGCAUACUGGUGGCAAUUGACAGUGUCAGCGCAGUUAGCAGCCAGUCACCCUCCGUCACAACUGCUCUCAGCCCGACAACUGUGUCUACACAGCAGGCGGCCCCGACUAAAUAUACUCUACCUAACGAAGAUAAUGACCUUUCCUCAAGGGCAGAGGAAAUCAAACUCAAGCAACAGGUAAUUACCUAUGGAGAAUCAUUGAUAGGAGAUACAUCCUUCUUCCCCAAUGGGUCGUUAGGAACCCAGAUUUCUUUGCGCGAUCAGAGCUUGUGGUUGAAGGAUUCGGAACCUGUUGCUCGAUUUGCGAUCAAUGAAAGUGCCGCGGCGCUUGAAGACAUCACCAAGCAUGGUGGCCUCAAGCGUCUCGAGGACUUCAAAAUCCUCUACGAUGGUCACUGGUCAGGAUCGGUCCCUGGCGGCAUCGCCAAAGGCCAGUUCAGCAACUUUACAUCGGACCUUUUGUUCGCUAUGGAGCGCCUCUCAACCAAUCCUUACAUCAUUCGCCGUCUGACCUACAGAAAGGACAAAUUACCUUUCCCUCUUGAAGAUAAGACAGUCAGGAAGAUUACUGGAACAACGCUCGACUCCCUUCAUAGGGACGGUCGUCUAUUCUUGGCCGACCACAGCUAUCAGAAAAAGUACUUCGCUCAACAAGGCCGAUACUCAGCUGCGUGCCAAGCGCUGUUCUACCUUGACAAGCGCUCCGACCACUUUCUUCCCCUGGCCAUCAAGACGAAUGUCGGCGCUGACCUUACAUACACACCCUUGGACACGACUAAUGAGUGGCUACUGGCCAAGAUCAUGUUCAACGUCAACGACUUUUUCCACGGCCAGGUCUAUCAUCUCCUUAAUUCCCACGAUGUUGCUGAGAUUAUCUACCUAGCUGCCCUUCGCACGCUCAGCAGCCGUCACCCUGUCCUCAACCUCAUGGAACGACUCAUGUAUCAGGCUUAUGCUAUCCGACCCAUAGGCGACAGAGUGCUCUUCAACCCAGGCGGUUUCUUUGACCAGAACUUUGCCUUUUCAAAUGUAGCCGUACGCCAAUUCGGUGCAGAGUUCUAUCCGACUGUUGCCGGUCCGUUUCAAAGCAAUUACUUUGAGGAUAACCUGCGAUUACGUGGUCUGUUACACUCGCCUUCUGGCCCGAAACUUCCUCAUUUCCCCUUUUAUGAAGACGGGAAAGAGAUCAUUGGAGUCAUUCGGAAAAUCAUUGAAGCUUUCGUCGAGGCAACCUACAAGUCUGAUCGAGUGCUGUCCAAAGAUUGGGAGUUACAAGCUUGGAUUACCGAAUCCAAUGGUCCUGCAGAAGUCAUCGACUUCCCAUCAGCGCCGCUGAGAAGCAGGAAGCAGCUUAUUGAUAUUCUGUCCCACAUGGCAUGGUUGACAGGUGUUUCACACCAUGUGCUGAAUCAAGGUGAGCCCGUGACGGCGUCUGGCGUGCUACCACUUCAUCCCCUUUCUCUGUACGCGCCUCUUCCUACGAAGAAGGGACGAAUCGAAAACCUCCUCCCUUGGCUCCCCAACGAGCAAAAGUCGGUCGACCAGAUUACUCUUCUCGCACGUUUCAACAGGCCUCAGGUUGUCGAGAAGAACCAGACUCUGCGAUACAUGUUCAACGCUGAAAGUCUUCUCGCCGGGACCAACAGGGCUGUUGCGGUGGCAAAUGACCGGUUCAUGAGAGACAUGGGUAGUAUCAGUAGGAGGAUCAGCGGGCGGCGAUUUGACAGCGAGGGUUUAAGUCAGGGCAUGCCGUUUAUCUGGACCGGCAUGGACCCUGGCGUGAUUCCAUUCUACUUAAGUGUUUAG